GCGUGGAUGUUCCCUUUGUGUGGAGAACGAAAGUUAACUGCACUUCUUGGUGUAGGAUUCUACGGCAAACAACUGAAGUUUAAUAUUAGAGGCGUAAUAUUACAAAUUUAAUAUUAAACUUCAGUUGUUUGCUAGGACUGGCGCUGGGGAGUACACAAAGCUGGAUGUGUACAUAAUGAAAAGAGAGAAAAAAUGCUGCCCUUCCUGAUUCUUCUGUUUCUAAACCCACUGAUUUCUGCCGCACAAGACCCAAAACCCAUCACAGCUAAGCCUGGAGACAACGUCAUUCUGCCAUGUCAAGCUCCAAACAGCAACAACCUCGCAGGUGUGGAGUGGAGCAGACGUGACCUGGAGCCAGAAUAUGUUCUUUUGCUCCGAGAUGGGCACAUUGUUCCAGAAGACCAGCAACCAUCUUUUAAAGACCGGGUGGAACUCCAGGACCAACAGAUGAAAAAUGGAAACGUGUCUUUGAUUCUGGAGAAAGUGACAGCUGCAGAUGAUGGAACAUACGAGUGCCGUAUCCUCACGCAUGGGGGAGAACGGAGAAAGAGAGCUGUGGAAACCAUCAGCGUCAUCAACCUUCAUGUUGUUCCUGCAGGUCAGACAGGAGAAGCCACAGAGGAUGGAGGAGGGAAGAUUGGAUCUGUUGAACCUGCAGCUAUUCUUUCAGUUUCUGCUCUGCUCCUUCUUCUUCUUGCUUCUGUUGUUGGCUUUGUGAUCUACAGAAAACGUAAACCACAACAGAGUCAGAAAUCAUACCAGCCUCCAGCUGAACAAUCGCCUGUCUGAAAAUUUUCAGAGCUUUUUUCAGCUUUACUUUAAAUUUCCUGCUGCUGUUCCAAGUUCUCCCUUCUGACAUUCAGCAUGUGGAAAUAUAAUAUAGGUCCGAAUCUGGGCCCUGUACUAUGAAGCAAGUCCAACAUACCCAGAGUAUCUUUCCUGACAUUGGUGGUCAUAAGAAGCUUGUCAUCUAGUUGCUUGGUUAACACAGAGUUUUCCAAUCUAGGUAUGAGUGAAUAAAAGAGGUGGCACUGGCAGCAUCUGGCCAUUCAUGUUGAGAAUUGUACUGGCAGAUAAGUGGCUGAUUUUGCAAUGAAAGAGUAAAUUGGAAAAAUGUGAAAAAGGUUAGAAAUAAUAUUAAAUAAAAGCAACACAGCUGCUGCAGAUCAAUCAGCACAGUGGGAGUUAAAGUAGAGCAGAGUAGUUCAUUCUUAAACGCGCUCUAAUGUGUGAGCCUUAAAUGUUUUGAAGAAUCUGAUGUAAUACAUUCUUGUAUUCUACAAAGUUAAUGUUCAGAUUAGCAAAAAACAGUUUUAUUUUUUACUUGUCAGCUGCAGCCCUGAUUGUGUAAAUAAGUAAAUAAUAAAUGCAAUAACAGGAUUCCAAUGUACCUGCUGUCCACCUGGAACUGAUAUAAAAUUCAAAAAUUCAAAUUCAAAUUUUAUUUGUCACAUACACAGUCAUACACAGUACGAUAUGCAGUGAAAUGCCUUAUACAACUGCUCGUGACCUAAAGAAAAAAAAGAAAGAAAAGGCUAUGAAUAAAAUAGGAAAUAAAUAUGAAAAUUAAAAGGGUGAAUUUAACUAGGAAGGAAUAAAAUAGAAUAUAUAUGAAUUAGAGUUGAAAAUAAAGUAACUGUACAACAAAAUGAACAGUAUGGAAAUAAUAAGAAUGUAUGAGGAAAUAUAAUAUAAAUAUAUAUGCAAUAUACAAUAGCAGCAGCUGUACAAAUAUUAAAUGGAAAUGAAGACAUAUAAGAAAUAUAAUGUCCAGUGUUGUGCAAACCACAAUGCACAUAUAAAGUCUUAUAAUAUAAUAAUGAUAUAAUAUAAUAUAAUAUAAAGACUUCGGACAACUACUACUAUCCACGCACUGGUCUGAAUGAUCUUCCAGGAAUGGUGAUGCUGUUUGUCACAGACUUAGUUUGCCAGUAGGAAGUGAUCUCACACCUCAUUUCAUACCUACAGAUCUCUAUGACCCAACCUGUUCAAUAGCAGGUUAGGUCAUAGAUUAACAAGGAACCCCAGGAAAAAGUGAACCACCUUCAUAGUACAGAAAACCCAGGUUGAACCCUGAAGUUACCUGGGUAAGACAAAAUUCUCCUAACAGGCCUUUCAUCUUCAGUUGCUUCGUAAUAAACGUCCAUCAUCUGAGGAAUAAUUGCCUCAUCAUCCUCACCUCAAAACAGAGAGCAAAGAGAAAAUGAAAUCACUUAUUCUAAAUGCUAAACCUUUUAUUGCUAAUCUAGCAAUAAAAUGUCUGUUAAGGGCAAAUAAAUAUGAAACAACAAGAAAAAAUGCAAGAAUAAAAAAUAACAAAAACUAAAACUUCCACAGUUUUAUAUAGAUUGAAUGCAUUCUGUCUCUGUCUGUCACAACAUGAACUAAAGAUUUGCUGUUGUGGUGUUUUGAUUGAGGGUCUGUCUGGUAAUGAUGUAUGUGAGUAGAUUAGUGACUGUGAGCCAAUUAUGAAAUGAUUCUCUGUUUAAUAUUAAUGUCUUGUUUGAAACUUCAAGUCUCCUCAUAAGCUACAGUUAAACAUAGCAUGUAUUUUACAAACAUAGUAUGUAUUUUACUGUUUCUUGCAUUUUUAUUUAGCAUCAGUUUUUUAAACAAAAUCCUGGUUGGGAGAUAUUACUUGUAUGAUUACCUGCUGAAGCUUUAAUGUGUGUUUUGAAAGACUAGUGUGAAAUGUAAAUAAAGGGAAAACUAUCAGUUUA